GCUAGCGCAACCUCCGUAACCCUAAACCUCCUUUCAACAUCCCAUUCCUGUCCCACACUCCCGACAAUGGCUGCCGCCCAGCCCUCCCGGCCCAUCCCCGGCCUGAUAUGCAACAGCUCGGCCAAAAAGGUAAACGCACAUCGCAGCCCCCACCACGCCGCAGGCAGCGUGCUCAGAGCCCGGCAUACCAGGAGCGGUAUGUACCACCUGCGGUCAACACCCAAGAUAACCGCUACUCGCGGAUGCAGCGGUGAAGACGCAGUCUGGCCAGCAUCACUGCCGAGUGGGGUGUGAGAGGUAUCGGAGGUCGGGGACGGCGGGACGGCGGGCUGUGUCGUGUGAGACGCCACUUCUUUAAGAAAUUGGCCCUGCAAUGAGGCCACGGGUAGUCGGAGGAGCUCGGGCGAGAUUCGCGCUUCAAGCGCGAGAUUCAAGUCUGGUGGGUUGAUUGUUUGGGCGGGGGGUGAGUAUGGUGGUGGAGAGGCAUUACGGAGAGGAGCCAGCCUUUAGACCUGGUCGCGGCAUAUGCGGCCGCCGCGCAAACCCUUGGAGAGAAGUAGGAUGGUGGGUGAGUGUUGCGUAGAGAGGGGGGGGAAAAAUAGACCGAGUUGUUGGUUUGUUUCAAGCACGGGCGAGGGGGCGUGUCGAGUUGGGCGAGUCCGAAUCCCCUAUCGGUGGAUGAUUUCAAAACCGUGGAGACGGAGUCAAGAAUGCUCGGGUGAGAAGAGCAGAGGGAUAUGAACCGUCAAAUCCCGAAAUUCUAACAAUCCACUGUUCAAGACCUUGCAAGAUCUUGAAUGAGGAGUGGAGAGAGUGUGAGUUUGUGGUGUUUCAGCGAGGGCCUUCGCUGUCGACGAGCUUCCCAUAAUCGACGAAUUGGACCCGCGAAAUCGCGGAGACAGCACGUGACCAUCCGCGGAUUUUCCAGGAUUCUCGCUCUCCGCCCAGAUGCGAUUAAGAUAUACAUCUUCGACUCCGAGUCGCAGCUCGCAAUGGCGUCUUCACUGCGUCUUCCUGCGGGCAGCAUUGUCCCUAAAGCCCGCCCAGCUUCCUUAAUCGCCCAGUCCUUCGCCUCCGGCUCGCAGCAACAGCAGUGCCGUGCCUUUUCGGCGGCGGCGCAACGAUGGGCCUACCGAACGCAAAACUUCAAGCCCGCCAGCCCGGCACAACCGUCGAUGAAAUCCCGCGCAAAGGAUGUUAUGAAGCACCAGCUACCGAAUGAUAUCGGUCUUUUGCCGGGUACUUUUGUUAAGCCGAUGUGGAGGGACCUGCCUUCGAUCUUCCAGGAACCGCGGGACCGGCUCCGGAUGGAAUGGACUUGGUUGAAGAGCGUUUUCCAGAAUUACGCCAGUGUUUUGGUUUACUGCAAGAAGGACCUAAACAACGUUCCCUUUAUCUCAUCCCAAUUGCAAAAGCCUCAUAUCGGACCACUCGCUCUUCCCUUCUUCAAGAUCUUCCACAGCGUGCCCCGACGAUCAAUUGCCAAGUCCUUGUACACCCAGAUGUACACCAACCUUGCCGAGGGAAACACUAAUGAACUCCGGCGCAUCUGCUGCGAGAAGCUCGCCCAAAAACUCACCAGCCAAGUCCAGAGCCGCCCCACCAACGAAAAGGUGACCUGGGAUCUGGUCGGCAACAAGUUCAGCGGCGCACGCGUCAUGGCAGACCGCGCCGUCAAAAUCCCCGACAUGCCAAACUCCGGUAUCCGCCAGAUCGUCGUCCGCCUGGCGUCCAGACAAUCCAUGACCAAGACCACUAUCGGCCGAAACGCCCCCAACGAGGUCGUCCCCGCCGCCAAGGUACAGGACUGCGUCGAGUACGUCGUCAUCCAGCAGCUCAUCUGGCACGGCAAGUACUCUGACUGGCAAAUCUGGGGUACGACCCGGGAAACCGAUAUGCAUACCCUGAACACCGACCCAGCCUUUGCCCCGGGCCUGUCUGCCUUGGACCGUCUUGAAGCCAUGAAGAACAUGGGAUCGGGUGGUCGCUUCUAGAUUGGGUAACUUGCAGAAAUUGGCUUUUUGACAACAACAACAACAACAUCUUACUUCUUUUUCUCCACAUUGUGUUAACGGUUAUCAAUUGUCUCAUCUCCGGGUACUGUCCGUGGUGUGUCCCUGAUGGAGAUGGGAUUGGCAACUUUGAUCGCGGUCUAAUGUUGCCUGGGGCGUUUUAUUUGUGUUCAUUUAUGAAUUUGUCAUAUCUAGCCAGUCAUAUAGAGCAUCUACCAAUUCAUGUAUUAUAGUCAUAUUGAACCUACUGUUCUCG